GGGGUUCAACCCAGUGCGCAGGUGCAUCGGAGAGCAAGCUCAAUUCGGCUGAGAAGCUGCUUUAAACGAGAGGGACUGGUUGUGAGCCUGCCGGGCUUCCUCUAAAAGCUAGCUGUCCAUGGCUCAUGCGGGCUUUGCUUGUGAACCUCCUCCUGAUGUGGACACAGAUGACUGUCUUCCAGAAUAUUCAUAUGUCUUCCAGCCUGACAUCCUCAAAGGAAAAGUGGCUUUCGUCACAGGCGGCGGCUCCGGAAUUGGAUUCCGCAUCGCUGAGAUCCUGAUGAGACACGGUUGCCAGUGUGUCAUUGCCAGCAGAAACCUCGAACGGUUGACGGAGGCAGCCAAGAAACUCUCUGCAGCCACUGGGCAGAGAUGCCUGCCUGUCUCCCUUGAUGUACGGCAACCUCGAAGCAUUUCAGCAGCUGUGGACGAGGCCCUCCGAGAAUUCGAGAAGAUCGACAUCCUAGUUAACAAUGCUGCCGGAAACUUCCUUUGUCCUGCUAGCUCUUUAUCGUUCAACGGUUACAAAACUGUGGUCGAAAUUGACACUUUGGGCACCUUCAACGUCUCUAAAGUCCUGUAUGAGAAAUAUCUUCAGGAAAAUGGCGGCGUCAUUGUCAACAUCACGGCGACCCUCAGCUACAGAGGCCAAGCUCUCCAGAUGCAUGCUGGGACCGCCAAGGCGGCCGUAGAGGCUAUGACGAAGCAUCUUGCUGUGGAAUGGGGGCCUCAACGAAUCAGAGUGAUUAGUGUCGCCCCUGGUCCCAUCUCUGGCACAGAGGGGUACCGUCGCUUAGUUCCACCCAACUUGGAAUCCAACCACUACUUCCAGAACAUUCCCCUUCAGCGGACCGGGAACAAGACAGAGAUUGCUCACAGUGUCCUCUACCUGGUUAGCCCCCUCGCAUCAUAUGUGACUGGCACAACACUUGUGGUGGACGGUGGAAAUUGGAUGACUUCGGAGAAUUCUUUUCCGUCACUGUUGGGCAUAGCUAAGCUAUAGAUUUCUGGAGCAUGGAACGAAAGAGAGAUAAAUGAGAAAAAGACACCCCGACAUUUUAAGGAAGUGCCUUCACGGCUUCUCCGCAAACCGUCGGUGGCAAUGUACGGAUAGCAGCCCCUCACCUUUCCUAGUUGCAAGGUAGCUUAGGUAACCUGGCCCUUGCUGGUUUGUAAGAUGGGUCCUUGUUGUACAAAGAUUGGUGAUGGUGGUGGCACAAAAAUCUACGGAUUGCAUCCUGUUCACCCAACAGCAUACACCGUAUCACCGGAAGGGUGGUUGAGGCUGAAGCCCACCAGUGACAGAAACAGCUUUGACUAUGAUUUGAUUGGCUUGUAAGCCUUCGUAUCAUUUCCAGUUCAUUCUCAAAUCACAGUUUUUGGGUCCCAAGUGGUGAGUUUGCAUUUGUCCGGCUCCUGCUGUCCGCGACAUCUGUCACAGGUCUACACCCUUAAUAAAUAAAUACUCGAUAUUUUACAACA